AUGGAGGAUUUUGAGAUAAUUCGAAAACAAGAAGCAGAUCCGUAUUACUUUCAUCCUUGUCUUAAAUUUGAAGAGCACAUCGUCGAUGGAUUUCUUUCGAUUUGCAAGGCCCCUCCCCCUUUCUCAUUCGUUGCUUCUCAAGCUUGUAACAAACGGUCUGUAGGUGCAGUCGCUACUGAAAGCUUUCCUCCAUUAACAAAUGAAAGAUUUUUUGAAAAUAAAAAGACAAAGAAAACUGGGUGCUUUGACUGCCGAGCGUCCUCCUCUACUGAUUCUCAAGAAUUGCCGUUUACUUUUGAAAGGGACACCUCGAAAGCUAGGCAUAAAAGGACUCGAAAGUUGCUUCUGAAAGACAAACGAGCAAGGUAUUGA